AUGAUUCGCGACCCGUUUGGCAUCCACCGAAAGAACCUCUUCCAAGUUACAGCACUGCGCGCUGCCGAAAACAUACGAGACACGGCAGCCCAGGUCAGCGCCAAUGCAUUGAAGAUGCCCUUUUCCAUACCGAAACACGUCCCCAACUUUGAGGAUCCCCACCGCCGCCUCGAAGACAAGGCAUGGGCCAGCGUCUCGGGACGCGGCGGCGGCCUGCUGUCGGACGUCCAUCAACGUGUCAACGGCCUCUUUGAAUCCGACGAACUGCCCAUGUACAAGGAUAAGCCAUACUACACCGGCAGGCGGCAUAGACGAUGGUAUCGAAAGAAGCGUGUCGUUGGCUCACUGGCCCUCGUCCUUGUGAUCCUCUUCCACAUACUGGGCUGGCUGCCCUGGCAAUCGGCGCGGCCCAAGUCGGCGCGCGGCAAGUCCGCGUGGGGGCUCAUGGGGAUAUCAAAGAAUGAGGCCGUCGACUGGAACCACCGAAAGGCGCAAGUGGUGGAAGCGUUCGAGCUCAGCUGGGACGCCUACGAGCGCUACGCAUGGGGUUACGAUGAAUUUCAUCCAAUUUCGAAGACCGGAAGAUACAUGGCACCAAAGGGCAUGGGCUGGAUCAUCAUCGACUCCCUCGACACAAUGAUGCUCAUGAACCUGACGUCGCGCCUCGAGCACGCUAGAGAAUGGAUCUCGAACUCGUUGACUUGGGACCAGCACCAAGACGUCAACACAUUCGAAACGACUAUCCGCAUGCUGGGCGGCCUGCUUUCCGCCCAUUACCUCUCGACAGAGUACCCUGAACUCGCCCCGAUCAAAGAAGAUGACCCCGGCAAGCCAGGCGAGGACCUGUAUCUCGAAAAAGCUGCCGACUUGGCUGGUCGCCUUGUAGGAGCAUUCGACACACAAUCGGGCAUUCCCUAUGCUAGUGUUCGGCUUGACGACUCCAAGGGCAUACCGUCGCAUGGCGACAUGGGCGCCAGUUCCACUGCCGAGGCUACUACUCUGCAACUGGAGUUCAAGUAUCUUGCCAAGCUGACGGGCGAGACCAACUACUGGGAUAUUGUAGAAAAGGUCAUGGCUGUUGUCGAUGACAACAACAUGCCUGAUGGGCUGAUGCCUAUCUACAUAUACCCCGCCAACGGCGAGUUCCGCGGCGAAAAUAUCCGUCUGGGAAGCCGAGGCGAUUCGUACUACGAAUACCUGAUCAAGCAGUACCUCCAAACCAACAAGAAAGAAAAGGUCUAUCUCGACAUGUGGAAGGAAUCCAUGGCCGGUAUUCGUAAGCAUCUCCUGACCUACAGUGAGCCGUCUGGCUUUACUAUUGUUGGAGAGCGACCCAACGGCCUGAAUGAGGCUCUGCUGCCCAAGAUGGACCACCUUGUCUGCUUCUUGCCGGGCACCAUUGCGCUCGCUGCCACUGAGGGUCUUACCGAGGCCGAGGCGCGCAAGCUGCCUACGUGGACGGCGCAACACGACGAGGAUAUGAAGUUUGCGCGCGAGCUGAUGCAGACGUGCUGGGGCAUGUACAAGUACAUGGCCACGGGCUUGUCAGCUGAAAUCACCUUUUUCAACGUCGCCGAUCCGCCUGCCGCCCCCGACGCACCGCCGCACCGCCCGCCCGCCGACUUUGACGAGGACCCUCACGCGGCCUGGCGCAAGGACUACAGCGUCAAGUCCAACGACGCGCACAACUUGCAGCGCCCCGAAACAGUCGAGAGUCUGUUUUACAUGUGGCGCAUCACGGGCGACGUCAAGUACCGCGAGUGGGGCUGGGAAAUGUUUACGUCCUUUAUGAACUACACGGCCGUCGAGGAGCAGGGCGGCUUCACGAGCCUUGAUGACGCCAACGUGAUUCCGCCGCGCACGCGCGACAACAUGGAGAGCUUUUGGCUGGCCGAGACGCUCAAGUACAUGUACCUUUUGUUCUCGGAUAACAGCCUGAUGCCGCUGGAUAAGAUUGUGCUCAAUACCGAGGCGCACCCGUUUCCGCGGUUCGACAUGGGGGAUCUGUUCUCGACGGGAUGGCAGCGAAAGCCGCGCGACAAGGACGGAAAGAUUAUUGGCAAGGUGCAGCCGAUGCCGGCAACCGAGUCAGCGGCGGAGUAA